AUGCAUACAAAUUUCUUGAUUAUUGCGUUCGAUGGCAAAUGGACAGCAGAUUACAAGUACUUGGAUCAUAAAACGAAGCUCCUCCUGAUAAACGAUGGGACUUCAUUUGAAGAAUUCCUUAGAAAAAUUUUUGAAGUUAUAGAGCUUGACAACAAAAAGUUUCAAGCAAAUGUAUGGCUUAAUAUCAACCUAGGUACUUCUAAGGGAAUAGAAGUGACAAAAGAUGAAGAUCUUAUUAUGUGUAUGAUUCUUUUAAAAAAUGAUCCAUACUAUAAAGAUUCGAAAUUUGUUGUUGAAAUAUCAGAAAAAUCAGAUCAACAACUAGAAGGUAAUGCAAUAAUGGAAAUUGAUAAUCAACAGUUAUUGCACAGAAACACAUAUGGUCCGGAAGAGCAAGUGUUGCUGAUAUCUCAAGUUGAAGAAGAGCAGGAGAAUCCAAUUUAUGAUAUUACAAUGGAAAAAGAAAUUGUAAUUCCUGUGGAAGAUCAGCACAUUGAAUCACUACAAAAUCAAAGACAAGCAACUUCAAAUGUGAUUAGAGAUUACGUGAUUGACAACUUAAGAGACAUAGCUACUGAGGUAAAACCUAAGUUUAUCAUUUCAGAGAUGAAAAGAGCACAUGGAAUUGAUGUUGGUUAUGGAAAAGCAUGGCAUGCUAUUCAAAAGGGGUUAUCUUUGUUAAGAGGAACAACUGAACACAAUUAUGAGCAGCUGCCAUCAUAUUUGUAUAUGAUGGAACAAAAAAAUCCAGGAUCAUAUACAAAUAUUGUGAGAGAUGAAGAAAACAGGUUUGUUUACAUGUCUUUUAUGUAUGGGGCAUCAAUUUCUGGGUGGAAGUAUUGUAGACCACUAAUUGCUGUUGAUGGAACAUUUCUAAAAAAUAAAUAUAGAGGUGUUCUAUUAGUGGGUGUUACCAAAGAUGCAUAUAACCAGAUUUUUCCUAUAGCUUUUGGAGUAGUGGAUAAAGAGAAUAAUGAAUCAUAUGAAUGGUAUUUCAGGGAAUUAAGAAAAACAAUUGGGAUUCGUAAUGAUUUAAUGUUCUUGUCAGAUCGACACAAGGCUAUUGCAAAUGGAAUUGCAAAGGUUUUCCCUGAGUGCUACCAUGGAAUUUGCAUCUAUCAUUUAGAAAAGAAUCUGAAGCAAAGAAGAGUGAGAAACACUGUGAUAAAUCUCUUUAAAAGUGCAGCAAGAGUAUACCUUCAAUCAGAAUUUGAUGACUUCAUGUCCCAAAUAACUGCUGUUGAUAAGAAAACUUUCAAUUAUUUGAUGGAGGAACCGCCAGGAAGGUGGGCUCGUUCACAUUGUCCCAGAAGAAGAUAUGAUAUGUUAACAACAAAUAUUGUUGAGUCAAUGAAUAAUGUUUUAAGACGUUCAAGAGAAUUGCCAAUUUUAACAAUGAUGGAUUUCAUACAAGAAAAAUUGCAAAGCUGGUUCUAUGAAAGAAGGAUACUUGCAGAAGGAAUAUUCCGUGAUAUAUCAAAUUGGGCAGAAGCAACAUUGGAAGCAAAAAUUCAACCAGCUUUUACAUUUAGAGUAUUGCCCAUUGAUAGACUCAAAUUCAAUGUCAAAGAAGGUGGUAUGGAAUUUAUUGUUGAUCUAGACAAAAGAACAUGUGAUUGUUCUGAAUUUCAGCUAGAUGAGAUGCCAUGUGAACAUGCAAUUGUUGCAAUUGAGAGUAUACAUCAAAAGAAAUCGGCCUUUUGCUCAGCCUAUUUUUCAAGGGACUUUUGGUUGAAAACGUAUGAAGGGCAAGUAAAUUCUGUAGGUGAUGCAACAACAUGGGUUAUACCAGACACUAUUAAAUCAGAAAUCACUAAGCCUCCAGAUGCCAAAGUACUGCUAGGAAGAAGACAGAAGAAUCGAUAUGUUUCCGGUACAGAAUUCAAGAAGGAACCAAGAUGUAGUCGUUGCAAAAAAUAUGGGCAUACCAGAACAAAUUGCACAAAUUCUGCUGUAGUUCAUCCUUAUGCAAGAAAAUAUAGGAAUAAAAAUGAUUGA